UGAAUCUUUCAGAUAUUAGAUAUGUCGUUAUAGUUUUAACGACUUGUCACAUAUUUAGAGUAAUAAUGUGGGCUCUUACACUGACUGUAUUAUUUUACAUAUUGAUUGCAAUUGUUCAAGGUACACAAGGUGAUUUAUAUUGCUAUCAGUGUGCAGAUGUCUCCAAAGCACGUGACUGUAGCGUCGUCAAGAAAUGUGGACCGAAUCAGGUGUGUUAUUCAACUCAGAGCAUAACAAGCAAUGGUCAUAUAUACAGGAAAAUGGGAUGCAGAGAUGUAUCGCAAUGCAGUUCAACAACCGGCAUUGUUGGUAAACGAGUCUUGUUCGGUAGCGAAUUUUCAAAAGAUGUAACUGGUAUGGCUUUGAGAAGUUUAGGCGAUACUAUAUUAUGUGAUGCCUGUUGCCAUUCUAGCGUAUGUCAGCCCAAACUUUGUAAUGAUGAAGAUUAUAGGACGGAUAGAGGACCGAUAUGCUUCAAUUGUGACCAUCAGACUCGGAACAGUCCGUGUACGAGUGUUCAGGAAUGCGCUCGAGGUGACGCAUGCACUCUCAGCUUUGCUGCCGGAAGUCAUGACCUUUUACAAUCAAGCUGCAUGUCAAAACGUUUAAAUCCAAAAUCUGAAUCAACAUCGGCAUCACCUAUAAAUGAUAAAUCCAGCGGGAUCUUUCCAGAUCCCAAACGGACACAACUUGAUCCCACCUGA